AUGACAUUCCAACUCAAAACGGAACCUGGGUCGCCACCCGGUUUCACUUCCACCACUCGCGGAAACUACUACCAAGAGAUGAGCAUUUCCGACCUUGUUUCCGAGUUGCGUGCUGCGUACAAGGUAGAACAUUUUGAUCAAGUUGAAGAGGAAUUGGUGAAGAGGGACGCCAUACUUAAGGCAGAGUUAGGGUCACUCAAGGAGAAGAUUCAGGAGGAGAGGCGCGUGAGCACUGAAGCCGAAGAAAAACUGAAAAUAAGAGAGGAAGAAUUUGAAAAGGGGAAGAGAACUAAAGAAAACUAUGAAAAGUUGUUGAAGGAAGUGAAGCAAAAUGGGUUGCUUCAUAAGAACACUGUUGAGGAGUUGAGACAAAAGAACCUUGUCUUAGAACGUGAAAAUCGUGAGCUCAAGGAGUUGAAGAAAAAAUGGGCAGAGGAUAACGAUACUGUGGCUGAACUUAGGAUCAGGGUUGGUGAGUUGGAGAAGGAGAAGAAGGCUGGGGACAAGAGUGCUUUGGAUGCACUGAGGAUGAAGAACAAUGAAUUGGAGGAAGCUGUGAAGAAGAAUUUGAAAAUCCAAGAGGAGUUGAGGACUGAAAACUGCAGAUUGACAGAUGAGAAGGGCAGGCGUGAGGCAUUGAUCGAGUCUUUGGAGAGGAAAUUUGGGGAAUUAAGUGUAAGGGUCGUGAAGUUGGAGGAUGAUACAAAACUUUUGAUGAGUGAAGAUGCCUCCGGUGGUGGAAGCACUGAAGUGAAGCCUCAAGCUAAUCGUGGAGCUACUUAUGCAACUGAGUGGCAUGUUCCUUUGCAAAAGAAUGGAUACAUUCACAACUCUCUUGGUGUUGCCACUUCUCAGUCUCGUAGCAAAGGAAUCGAGGAUGCUCUAGAUGCAUCAGGGAUGACACCUUUUAGAGCAGUGUAUGGUAGAGACGUACCAUCUAUCAUUCGAGCCAACACUUAUCCCUCGAAAGUAGAAGCUUUGAAUGCAAUGGCUGAGGAACAGGACGGUUUGUUGAACAAGUUGAGAGCUAACAUACUUAAUGCUCAAUACAAAAUGAAACAACAAGCAGAUAAAAGGAGGAGGGAUUUGAGUUUUCAAAUAGGAGAUGUUCCUGUGCUAGGAUACACACUCCAAUUAUCCUUGUUGUAG